GAAAGAGAAAUAGCAGGAGAGAGAGAAAUAGAGAGGGAGGGGGGGUGUGGCGGGGCGUAAAGAUAGUGUGCUGCCACAGUUCUCUCACAGUCCCACGAAUAAAGACCAGCUCCUAAGUGGGUCCACACUACCCAACCACGUUUUUUACCUAAUUGCAUUACAGCUGCAGAGAGAAGGGGAGAGAGAGGAGAGAAGAAAUAAGGACGCAAAGAGGCCAGGGCAUUACAGGAGAGUACGAAAGAAGAAAAGGAGAGAAGUCAUCCUUGCAAGAAACUGUAGAGGAAAAAAAACUGAUUUCGUCCUGCUUGGAGACACGGCUACUACUGCUACUUCAUACAGUUUAAAAAGGAGGGAGUGUGUCUUCUCACCAUGGCCCCUCCUACUGUGAUGACGAGACUGCUGCUGGUGGCUGCCAUGGCAACUGUGGCGCUGUCAGUUGGCGAGGAGAAUGAACUGGAUUAUGGGUACUGGAACUACAGAGAAGGAGCCGAUAGUGUGAAUGUGGCCUCAGUUCGCAGUGUGACCAGAGUGCUGGAUGUUUGGGGCAAACGGAUCUUCCAUGAGAUCAAGACCCUUUUACACUCCCAACCCAGUACUCUUCUGCCUGACUACUCCAGGGUGCGCCCUCUGUCCGAGUCCCUCAACGACCUGUUCCGAGAAGUCUCCCUGUUGCACAGGCGCAUCACCGAGCUCACCCAUCGCCUAGCAACUCUGGAACCGUUCCUCCGUCGCCACGGCUACCGGGACGAGGGGGAGGAGGGAGGGGGCGGCAGGGCCUCGGCGCCUCUGAGCAUGCGAGGGGGGGCAGCGAGUCUGGCAAGGUACCCCCCCAGACAUGCCGGGAGGGGGGUCGGGCCUUUGAGGGGUACAAGGGUGGUGAGGAGGAGGAGGGUGAAGGUAUACAACAACGGAGGGGUGAGAGUGAUCCAGAGUGAGAGGUAGAGAGAGGGAAAGAGAGACAGAGGGAUGGUCACUGGAUGGGAGUGUCACAGUUGAGAAUGGAUUUAAAGUUUGUGUGUGUGGGGUGCAAAAGAUUGAGAGAGAGAAAGGAAGGGAGGGCAAGAGAGAGAUUGAGAAUGAGAGAGAGAAAGAGAGAGACAGAGAUAGAGAGAGAGAGAGGGCAAUGGAAUACAAACGAAACUGAUCCUGCAAAUAUUAUAAGUAUACAUUUUCAUAUAGAUUGUAUAGAAUUGUUGUAAAAUGUACGUCAUUCCUCUAUACCAUGUGCUACUGGUUAAUACUUGUCUUUAUACAUCCGGAGGUGUGUUCAUUAGGGUGAUGACCUAAGGUAAUGUGUCAUUUCAGCCAAUGGGAAGACACAGAUGCAGAGCAAAUAAAUACAUUAUACGUUAUCUUAUAA